CGAACUUUUAGAAAGGGUUUGUUGUCCUUAGAGACAAGUGCUUUGAAGAUAACGAGAAAAGUGUCUCUCAUCAUUUUGCUGCGGGGAUACUUAAUUCGGCAAAAUACCACCCAAAAAGGAGUCCUACAUCCGAGUCCGUAGCGGAAAGAUGUCUACGGAGGAUGCCAAGUCGUAUCUGUCAAAGCGGGAGAUCCCGCGGCUCUUUGAGAGUCUGAUGACGGGGCUGAUGUAUCACAGACCACAGGACCACAUCAAGUACCUGAUUGAAUGCCUCGAAAAGGUCAGGGACAAAGGAUAUCAGAAUGUCACCUGGAGUUCAUUUGUAGAUAUACGCAGAGCUAAAACACCACUGCCACCUAUUGACCAAAAUGGUCAGAAAAGGCCAGGGUCAAGGCCAAGGUCACGUCCUUCCUCUCGAGCAAAGACUCCCGUAAAAAUAGGCAAGGAGUAUUUCUGGAUCGAACAAUACGACUCUCCAGCAGAGGAAAAAGAAUCACUAGAGACCAGAAAGGGCUCACCAUUGCCCCCCAUCUCCAAGUCUCCCCCGCCUGGCAAGGCCGUCCUUCCAAACGUCCCAAUCACACUGAUCAUGGGCGGACCAGGAAGCGGCAAACUGACUCAAUCCCAGAAACUGCUGGAGAAGAACCCGGGCUGGGUACAUCUGUCAAUGGGAGACCUUCUGAGAGCAGAGGUGGCUAAGAAAGGAAGUGCGGGGGCCAAAUGGGGCAUGAUAGGGGACCUGGUAUCACAGGGAGAAAUGGCACCAGAGGAUGUCACUGCAGAGUUGUUGCUGACUCACAUUAAGAAGCACCCUGAUGCCAAGGGUUUCAUUAUUGAGGGCUACCCCAGAACAGCCUCCCAGCUGGAGGAGUUCGAAAAAGAAAUUGGGCGACUGGACCUGGCCAUUUUGAUUGACUGUGAUGAGUACUACUGCACCCAGAGACUUCUGAGGAGAGGCAAGGAGAAGGGGAAAAUUGACGACAACCUGGCUGCCAUCAGCAAUCGCAUCUCGUUCUACAAGGAGAAUACACUGCCUGUCUGCAAAUACUUUGAUGAUCUAGGAAAACUUGUUGUUGUUGAUGGAGACAGAGAUAUCUUGGAUAUUGCUUUUAACAUGGGACAAAUAUUGAAGGCAGCUAUUAAAAGAAAUUUCAAAACACCUGAACCAAAAGUUAAACCUGUCAGACCGAAAGCUCAACCCAAGCCCCAAACACCUCCCAAAACAUCCCCGGAAACCUCAGACCCCAAGGCUCCAAAGAGGGAGAAGUCUGUGGUGUUCGCUGACGAAGCUGUGAUUCCUCCCCCACCCACCAUCGUCAACAAAGACGAGGGCAGGAAACCAGGACUACCCGAGGCUCCCAUCAUCUUCCUGGCAGGUGGGCCAGGCAGUGGGAGGGGAACACAAGCCAAGAAGAUUCUGGACCGCUACAAGGAGGUGGUGCACCUGUCCAUGGGAGACAUCCUGAGGUCACAGAUAGCAAACAAAGGCACCGCUGACGACAAAUGGAACAUGAUCGGAUCACUAGUGUCCAAGGGAGAAAUGGCACCACAGGAGGUAACAGUGGAAUUAAUUGUAGAACAUAUCAAGAAGCAUCCAAAAGCAGGUGCUUAUCUUUUGGAGGGUUAUCCAAGGGACAAAAAUCAAGUAGAGGAGUUCAAUAAACAUAUUGGUGGCUUGAACUUCAUGUUGAUGUUGGACUGUGAGGAGUAUUACAUGCAGAGACGACUUCUGGAUCGAGGCAAGGCCACACAGAGGAUUGACGAUAACCUCAACGCCAUCCAAAAUAGAAUCAGCUUCUUCAAAAACAACACACUUCCAGUUUUUAAACACUAUGACGACCAAGGAAAAUUAGUCGUUGUAAAUGGUGACAGAGAUUCAGAUGAAAUAUUUUUUGAUAUCUGCAGAAUUCUAGAUUUUGCCUUCUAUGGAAGAAAACCUGGAAAGAAGAGUGAACAAGCCAGCACAGACCUCAGCAGUGUCAACGUGGUCUUCGUUGUCGGAGGACCUGGUUCAGGGAAGGGGACACAGUGUGAACGAAUCGUUGAGAAGUAUGGUUUCACACACCUUUCUACGGGCGAUCUACUGAGGGCCGAGGUCCAAGCUGGGACCCCCAGGGGCAAGAACCUAGUGGAAAUCAUGCAGAAAGGAGAGUUGGUACCCUUGGACGUAGUGUUGGAACUGUUGAGAGAGAACAUCACGGCCAAGGCCAGCUCCAGCAAGGGCUUCCUGAUAGACGGCUACCCCCGGGAGAUGGACCAGGGGAUCAAGUUUGAGGAACAGAUAACCACCCCUAAAUGUGUCCUGUAUUUCGAUGUCUCAGACGACACGAUGACCAAACGUCUGCUGGGUCGCGCGCAGACGAGCGGGCGCGUGGACGACAACGAGGAAACCAUCAAACAGAGGCUCAAGACGUUCCAUGACGUCACAACCCCCGUCAUCGAUUACUACUCAAAAAAGAACAUGGUCCAGCGGGUCCCGGCGGAGUCUUCAGCAGACGAAGUCUUCCAGCAGGUCCAGAAAGUGUUCGACUCCAUGUCUCUGGAUAAAUCAGGGAGGGACCCUGUCCUAAAAGACGCUAAGGUCUUGUUCAUCGUUGGUGGACCUGGAAGCGGAAAGGGGACGCAAUGUGCUAAGAUCGUAGAGAAGUUCGGCUUCUGUCACCUGUCUUCCGGGGAUCUUUUGCGGGAAGAGGUAGCUUCGGGUUCAGAGCGAGGCGCCAAGCUGAAGGAUGUCAUGGCCAGAGGAGAGCUGGUGUCCAUGGACGACGUAUUACAACUGAUGUGCGAUGCAAUGAAAAAGAAGAUUUCGGAAACGAAGUGUUUUCUAAUCGACGGGUACCCUCGAGAACUUGAACAGGGGACUAGGUUUGAGAAAGAGAUCGUGCCAUGUGUCGGGGUGCUGUACUUUGACGUAUCGGACGAGACGAUGACGAGUCGUCUGCUGAAGCGAGGAGAGACGAGUGGUCGCGUGGAUGACAACGAGGAGACGAUCAAGAAGAGGCUGCAGACGUUUCACAACCAGACCAAACCGGUCAUCGACUACUACAGCCAGCAGGACAAAGCCUGCAAGAUCCCCGCCGAGGGUUCAGAGAAGGAUAUUUUCGCGGAGGUUGAGAAAUAUGUGAGCUCCCACAAGUGGUGAACAAGGACUUGUAUAAACUGUUUCUCGCAAUGUAAUGGCCGAUUAUCUACCGUGCUCGGCUUUUAUCCAGCUUGCAGAGACCCAUGUUGUUAUUCAUUACUAACAUUUAUACAAUUUUUUUAUUCUAAUUAAACAAUGAUUAAUGUU